AUGAUAGUGUCGCGAUCAUGGCUGGCGGCACUGUUUGCCGUGGCUCAUAUUCAACCCGUUUAUAGCGCCGAAGAUGCCGGCGCAUCAGAUGUCCCUUCGACUAACAACUUCCUGAGACGGGUCUAUGCUCAGGCUUCGGUUCUCGGCAGCUGGGCUUACUUUGAUGGAGGAGAAGUGUCCCAAUACAUCGACAAUGGGAAGAACACUUCAAACGCAUCCUCGCCACUGUCAAGCACCUUGUCCAUCGAUCUCUCCAAGUCCUGGAAGCCCGCCAAUGUGGAGAUCAAGCAGACCCAGAAGAGAGGCGCUCCGAUGAUGAUGAGACAGGCAAUAUUCACCGAUAACUCGUCGAACUCGUUCUACAUCUGGGGGGGCACACGUCGCGCAACGCUACUCUGGAAGUUCGACGCCGACGGCAGCGGAGGAGGCUCGUGGAGCCCCAAACACACCGACGACCUCAACUCUUUCACCCGGCUCACCCGCUCACAGGGCGGCGCCUACGUCAGCACUCCCGACUCGGGCUUCUACUUUGGUGGUUAUGCAAGCAGGUAUACCUCUCAGAACCCCGAAGGCCCCGUGCCUGGGUAUUUGCAGUUCAACUAUACGGCAACGGACCAGGAGUGGACGAAUCACACCGAGGCCCCUUACUCUAUCUACGGCACUGUAGUUGGGGCCAGUGCUCAUUACGUCCCCAAUUACGGGCCCAACGGCCUUCUCAUGAUCUUUGGUGGGGGGUCUGACGUCCCCGGGAGAGCGCAGAGCAAAAACAGGGGGUGGCUCGAUUUCGGGAAGAUUUACUUCAUGGACCCUUUGACAAAGAAGUGGUAUUCUCAGAAGACCAGCGGGAACGCUCCCGGCGCGCGCAUGUGGCACUGCACAGUCGGCGCGUUGAGUCAGAACAACACUUAUGAGAUUUUUGUGUUCGGCGGCACCAACGAGGCAAACAAGGAGGGCUACGACGAGGUUCAUAUUCUCUCGCUCCCCGGCUUCAUCUGGAGGAAGGCGGACUACACACCCAGUUCGCCGCGAGAUUCCAUGUCGUGCAUCGUCGCUGGUCAACGGCAGAUGGUCACCUUCGGAGGGAUUAACCGGUGGAAGUGGGACGACGACGAGGCAAACUAUUUCCGUGAUCAAGACCCCUUCCCUCAGGGCGUGGGUGUAUUCGACUUGACGGAUUUGAAGUGGAAAGACGAGUACAACGCCGACGCUUCUAGUUACGACUCGCCGGACGUGAUAAAGACCUGGUAUAAUGAAGGCAACCUCGCGAGUGUCGAAUAUUCAGAAGGCGUCGAAGGGCUCAUGAAGUCCGGCACCUCAGGUUCCGGCUCCUCAUCUGGAGACUCCGGAUCCAGCUCAACAAACACCGGAGCCAUUGUCGGCGGCGUAGUAGGAGGCGUCGCGGGCGCCGCCUUGAUCGGUCUGGCCGCGUUUUUUCUCAUGAGACGGCGAAAGCACAAGCAGGUCACAACCAAUGAGACCGGCGACGCCGUUGAAGCGCCAGCCCGUCCCUACGACAUGGAACAGACGUGUUCUUCAAAUCCGCCGCCGUCGACGACUACGGCACCGUCCGAACUCCAGGGGGAGUACCGCGGCCACUCGCCGUAUUCGAUCGGGGAGGUGCCCAAGACGAUGCAACCGCCCGAAAUGGAGGCGCAGGAUCCACGACAUGUCUACGCUGCAGAGCUAGACGGAUCCGAGGCGCGAAAGUGA